CCAACUUCCACCUUCCAACCCCUCCCUCACCGAAGGGUAAGGGUAGUUUUUCUUGAGGAUAACAACUCUCCUUGUAGGGUACGUUUCAGUUCAAUUGGACCAACUCCUUUGUGGUUUUUGCAGAUUCAUUCAAUUCAAUGGCUUCACUAAUGCUGAGUGGAACCGAAAAGCUCACACUCAGAACCCUAAAUGGAAACGGCUUCGGAUUCACGGGUUCCGAUUUGCACGGUAAGACCUUUCCAAGAGUGAGUUUCGUAGCCACCACUAGUGCUAAUACUAGAAUUAGAAUCCCAAACAUUGUGGUACCCAAGUGCAGUGUCUCGGCUUCGAGGCCAAGCUCGCAGCCUAGGUUCAUUCAGCACAAAAAAGAGGCUUUUUGGUUCUAUAGGUUUCUCUCAAUUGUGUAUGACCAUGUUAUUAACCCUGGCCAUUGGACCGAGGACAUGAGGGAUGAUGCCCUUGAACCCGCUGAUCUCAGUGACAGGAACAUGAUAGUGUUGGAUGUUGGUGGUGGCACGGGUUUCACCACUUUGGGUAUUGUCAAACAUGUUGAUGCAAAGAAUGUCACCAUUCUUGACCAGUCACCCCAUCAGCUUGCUAGGGCCAAGCAGAAGGAGCCGCUCAAGGACUGCAAAAUAGUCCAAGGGGAUGCUGAGGAUCUCCCCUUUCGAACCGAUUAUGCUGAUAGAUAUGUAUCCGCAGGAAGUAUUGAGUACUGGCCCGAUCCGCAGCGUGGCAUCAAGGAAGCAUACAGGGUUUUGAAACUUGGGGGCAAAGCGUGUCUAAUUGGUCCGGUCUACCCAACAUUUUGGUUGUCACGUUUCUUUGCAGAUGUUUGGAUGCUCUUCCCCAAGGAGGAAGAGUAUAUUGAGUGGUUUCAGAAGGCAGGGUUUAAGGAUGUCCAACUAAAAAGGAUUGGCCCAAAGUGGUAUCGUGGGGUUCGCCGUCAUGGCUUGAUUAUGGGUUGUUCAGUGACUGGUGUUAAGCCUGCAUCUGGAGAUUCUCCUUUGCAGCUUGGUCCAAAGGAAGAAGAUGUUGAAAAGCCUGUUAAUCCUUUUGUCUUCUUAAUGCGCUUUCUUUUGGGUGCCAUUGCAGCUACAUGGUAUGUGUUGGUUCCUAUUUAUAUGUGGCUCAAAGAUCAAGUUGUUCCCGAAGGUCAGCCAAUCUAAUAAGAGAUAUUGGUAGUUAGUGAACCUUAUGAUACUUAUCAGUGUCUUGUUCAAUGUUUCAUCAAAUUCAAAUAUACGUGCAGUUAAGAAAUAUUUUAUCAAACGUCAAUAAGUUCAUUAUAUGCGACUGUAUUUUCUGGCUUCUCUUGCGAGCUAAUGAUAAUUUUUGGUGGGAGGGCCUUA